GCCUCUGCAGCCCUUUACUACCAACUGGUGGAGCUAAUGCAGCAGUUCGUUGUUUAUAAGGGGCCACUAAAGCCGAAAAGAAGACAGCCGUUUUCCGCAUUCCUUCUUCGCCCUGCUCGCAGCUCCACAGCCGGGCCAGAACCAACGCGCUGCUGGGUGGGAGCUUCUGGUCAUACAUGGGAUAAUAGUACGUUCGGCGGAACAUUGGAGCAGGAACAACUGGGUCUGUGACGUGGACAAAGAAGACCUAUGUGAAGCACUUCAACAUGGCCCUUUUCAAGCCUGAGAAUGUGGAAGACUUCUAUGAGAUCGAGGAAGUUCUAGGAAGUGGGCAUUUUGGUCAGGUUCGAAAGGUCCGUGAGAGGACAUCGAGGACUCAUUGGGCUGGCAAGUUCCUGAAGAUUCGAAAAAAUGCCUGCAGCCGUCUGGGUCUGGACAGGACCAGUGUGGAACGAGAGGUGGAGAUUCUACAGGUUUUACACCAUCCAAAUAUUGUGGCCCUCAAAGAUGUCUUUGAGAGUCGAUCAGAGGUGGUGUUAAUUCUCGAGCUUGUUAGUGGAGGAGAGUUGUUUGAUUUCAUUGCCGAGAAGGAGAAUCUUUUGGAGUGUGAAGCCAUUGAGUUUCUAAAGCAAAUCCUGGAGGGACUGAAGUUCAUGCACAGGAACAACAUUGCCCAUUUCGACCUGAAGCCUGAAAACAUCAUGUUGUCAGACAAAGCUUCCCCACACCCCAACAUUAAGCUUAUCGACUUCGGCCUGGCUUAUCAUUUUGACCAGGGAGAGGAGUACAGAAGCACAAGUGGAACCCCUCAAUACAUUGCGCCUGAGGUGAUAAACUGUGAGCCUCUCAGCACAGCAGCAGACAUGUGGAGCAUUGGAGUUAUUACCUAUAUACUAUUGAGUGGUUUGUCUCCAUUCCAAGGUGACACUGAUGAAGAAACUCUGAAAAACAUCAUUGCUACCAACUAUCAGUUUGAUAAGCAGUACUUCAGCAUGACCAGCUCCAUGGCCAAAGAUUUCAUCAUGAAGCUGUUGAUAAAAAAUCUCAAUGAAAGACUGACAGCUGAAGAAUGUCUUCUUCAUCCAUGGAUAAAGCCCAUCACUCGCAUUCAAGCAGCCAAAAGGGACCGAUCCUCAAUCAAUAUGAAGAACUUUAAGACAUUUAAUGCCAAAAGGAAAUGGAAGAUGUCCUACAACAUGGUGUUGAUGUGUAACCGGCUCGUCAAUCUGAGGUUGCCUUGUAAGAGCAGCUCAAACCCAGAUCCACUACAGAGACAAUGUGAAAGUGACACAGAGGAUUCAGAGAGCAACCCUGCUUCUCUGCUGCGCCGAAGACUCAGCAGCAGCUCCUAGAACUGUUAGGAUGUGCACCAUGAAGUCCAUGCUGUUCUAGAGGAC